GGUGCGGGGACAGGAGCGCGGGGCAGCCUGUCUGAACGCAGGGGUCAAACGCAGAGUGACUGCCCGGGCACCGCAGUCACCGGCGGCGCUGCGCCCUCUCCUACCGGCGAGGGCGCACCGAGCUCGCCGUGCCGAACCGCGCCGGGUUGCCGGGCUCUGCACUGGCUGCAGGAACAGGUGAACGGGCGGCUCGGUGCUGUGCGGUGCUCAGUGGGAUACGGGAUGAAAACACCCCCGUGUAAUUGCACUUUGAGAGAAUAAACAGCUGCAACAAAAUGUGACUCAGUUCUACAAACCAGAGCCCUUCUGAUUCCCAAAAGCGACCUCCAGCACAAGUGAGAACAGGAUGACCUGAGCCUUGUUGGCUGGCAAAGUUUCCAAGAUGCUAACACCACCUUGAAGUUCCUGGGAUUUGAGAACACACACACUAUGCCCUUUUUCCCUUUGCUCCAGAGAGCUAAUAUGCAGCCCCUCUAUGCCUCACUCCCUUUGCUGAGAACGCUGUCUCCAUGCUUCAGAGUUUUCUCAGCUUCAAACCAACCAGAGCAGUGACGAGGUUCUUCUCAUUGUAACCCACAGCUCUACAACCCCUCCACUGAGAACAUGACUGAAUUCAGUAGGGUUUGGGUGCAUUUAUUUACCUCGAUGUGUAAGUCAACAAACACUGCCCCACUGCAGCAACCAGCCUAUGAAUAAACAUUAGGAGGGUGCCAUUUUAUUGGGGCUUCUUACCAGAUUGCAGACUUCAGCUCUUAUGAUACGAACUUUAGCAUCAUCGCAUUCUUUUUCUCAAAACAUUCCAAGCUCUUUGUGGAAACUGGGCCGACUUAAUCAUGUAGCAAUUGCAGUGCCUGAUUUGGAAAAAGCUCAGUCCUUGUAUAAAGAUGUGUUAGGAGCACAGGUGAGCGAGACUGUAGCUCUGCCUGAACAUGGUGUCUACACUGUUUUUGUGGAGCUGGGAAAUACAAAGCUGGAACUUCUACACCCUUUAGGAGAGAAAAGUCCCAUUACAAGUUUUCUGCAAAAGAACAAGACUGGAGGAAUGCAUCAUAUCUGCAUUGAGGUUGAUGACAUAAAAGCAGCUAUGGCAGAACUGAAGAAAAAAAAGAUUCGAAUACUGAGUGAAGAGCCAAAAAUAGGUGCACAUGGCAAACCCGUGAUUUUUCUUCACCCUAAAGAUUGCCAUGGAGUCCUUGUGGAACUUGAACAAGCCUGAGCUGUAAUAUUCAUAUAUAAAACAAUAAAUGAGUUGUGAAGUUA